AUGCCUUUCACUGAAUACAUCAAUCUUUCAACGUCAUUGGGAAUCAUGGUCAGUCGCGAAGCCUCCCAGUCUUCUUGGAGACGAAAUAUCCGAAAGGGUAAUACUACCAAGCCAUCACCUACUGGAACUCUUUUUCUAAAAGAUCCUACCCUUUACGGCCCUCUCUUCGAGCAAUCAAAAACAAUCUUCGACGCCGAUGGGGAUGACUACAGCGCCGAAAAGCGAUCCAUUCAACACGCCUUUACUAAGAAAUCGUUGUUGACAAAAGAAGCAAUCCUGACCUUUUAUGUUAGCAGUGCAAUUGAGGGUCUCGAAUCACAGUUCCGAACAGCAGAUGUGGUCGACCUCGUUCCGAUAUUUGGCAAUGCCUUAUUUGAUAUCAUGUGCAAGUUGACAGUAGAUGAAGAUCUUCACGCCAUCAAUCCCAACGGCCAGCAUCACCCUGCCGUAUACACGCUCACCUCGGCAUUGGAAUGGAUAUAUAUCCCUGUAAUGGCCCGACACAUUUUAGGGGCCCUUUCAUACCCGCUAGAGAUGUGCGCAAGUUUCGUUGGUAAAGGUGUGUUGCAUCUUGGCCCCGUCGGGCCAUUGCUAUCAAAGCGACUAGAAAAGGGGGGCUCCAACCCUGAUUUCGUGUCUUAUAUGAAACAGGGCAAACAGGAAGGCGAAGCAAGCCAGCUACAAGUAAUCAACAACGCUACUAGCUUGAUUGCCGCAGGCACUGAAACCACUGUCUCACUAAUGUGCGGCGCUGUAUACCAUAUACUUUCAAAUCCUCCCGUUCUACUAAGUCUCUGUCAAGAGAUUCGAGGAGCGGCUGAUAACGCAUCUGACUUGAACCUGGAACUGAUUCAUGGCAUGAAGUACCUGAGAGCCUGUCUAGAUGAGGCGAUGAGAAUGUAUCCCUCAAUUGUCGGAACAUUACCUCGUGUCGUUGAUGGAGAUGGAGCCUAUAUUUGCGAUCAGUUUGUCCCUCCAAACACAGUGGUAGGAGUUAACCAAUGGGCUGCCUAUCGGAGCAAUAGAAACUUCAUCUAUCCUGAUGAAUUUAGGCCCGACAGAUGGCUCAACGUGGAAGAGGGAGAAUAUAACGGUGAUCGCCGAAAGGCCUUCCAGCCUUUCGGAUAUGGGCCUAGGAAAUGCAUUGCCAAUGAGUAA